AUGGCUUCCGACUCAGAAGGUCCGCCAGACAAGCGCAGAAAGACUGGUAGCGGUGACAACGCCAUCAACGAGCAGAGACUUCAGCUUCCCGCUUCGAGCUCCAUUACCGGCGGCGAAGAUGCCGAGGUGGAGAAGAACAAUGACGGUCUUACUAACAUCGGAUUGGACUCAUUUGAGGACCACGAGGCAGCUUACAGUGAGACGCAAGAGCCUUUGCCUCGCUGUGCCGCGUUCGAUCUAAGGUUCACCAAUGUCAAGCGCGAUCUCGAAGCCUUUGCCGCAGAAGCAGCUCAAGAACUUUCCAAGCUGUCAUGUAACACACCAGCUGCUGCGCGCUUGAAAGCCGCGGCCACUUCGCUUACGAGCAUCCCAAAGCUGGAGAAACAGAUGAUUGGUCUGCUUGGAGAGACAGGCUCGGGUAAGAGUUCGCUGGUGUGCUCUAUACUAGACCAACCAAACAUCGCCAAAGCCCUUGAUGCGGGCGAGAGUUGCACGCUGGUGCCAACAAUAUACAAGAGGGCCGGUCCGCAACAAACCAGAGGCUACUCCGCAGAAAUCAUACACUUGGACGCCGCCGCCAUCACUGAGCUCCUGACUGGGUGCGUCGAGGCGUGGGAGGUUUGGACGCUGCACGGUCAUAAAAGCUGGACGAAAGACGUUGAGCAAGAGCAUGAGCGCCACGCAGCAACUUGCCUUUCGACUUUUCGGGCGCUAUUCUGUUGGGAUGAAGCUCAAGCAAGGAAGGUGCUUGAUGGCCUGGCUGACCCGAAAAGCAGUCGUGAGAGUCAACUGGCCCUCUACGUGAGGAACAUUAAAGAAGCCAUCUACAAAGCCAAUCAUAUCGAUGAUAGUUACGCUCAAGCCUACGUCGCGAACACUGUUGACGAGCUUCGCGGACAGCUCGACGCUCUGUUGACCGAGACCCACGACUUCAAGCGGCCUGCCCGCUGGCCGCUUGUGAAGCAAGUCAUAAUUGGCAUUCGCAACGGCUCCCGCAUCCUCGAUUAUUUCACCAUCGCCGACUUCCCUGACAUCAUGGAUGUGCAUCAGGUCCGGGUAAAUGCAACUCUGAACCAGAUCAAGAAUUGCGGACGUCUUUGGGUUGUCGCUCGUAUUGGCCGUAUCAAAACCGAUACAUGCUUGAGCGAUGCACUUCAGACGUACGGCGUACCGUUUGAGGGCAACAUUGACGUUGUUGCGACAAAGGCAGAUGAGAACAUCGAUCAUGUUUAUCUGCCAAACAAUCUUCAGAUGACAGAAGAGGAAAAGAACACAUACACGAAGGUGAAAGCGGACCGCGAUACGGUUGAAUUUCGCAUAAAGCGUUUACAGCACCAUCGAAAACAGCUGUCGGCAAGCCAAACGCAGCGAAAGAAUCAGCUCUUGGCUGACAUUGAGAGCUUGCGGGAGGAACAGCGUGGCCUUGACAACCGAUGCUUCAGUCUCCUGGUCUUGGCGCGGAACAAGAGUGUCAUCAACGGCAUUCAACAGGACAAGGCAAAGUACCUGCCGAAAGGCAAGGUGCUGCACGUCUUUCCCGUCUCAAACGUGCAUUACGCGGCUGCGAAGAGUGGAGACGAAGUGCAAGGUGGACAACUGAUCGUCGCAGAUACUGGCAUCCCUGCUCUUCGCAAUCAUGCCCUCCACAUCGCUGCGCCUCUCGACCUUUGGGCGAACCAGGCUUACGCCGAAGACCGGGAAGAGUUGAUGAGCAUUGUCCAAAGGCCGCGAUAUAUCGUGGACACUCUACUGAAGACAUUGGUGAAGAACCUCGCCAAGCAGACCGACCACAGCAUUAACGACCCGGUAUACGAAGGCUUACAAAGCUUUGUCACCGUUGCCAGAGACGUACUGUGCGAUAUUACGACUUGGCACCACUCCAGCCUCGCAGCUUUCUUGCGUAGAAAUGGCAACUAUGGUACCAGAGUGCGCCCACAGCAGUCAUGGAAUGAGCGUUUCUCCGCCGGCUCCUCGGACACCCUGCGCUUCGAAUGGCCAAGCUUUAUCCGGGAAAAGCAACACGCUGAAGAGCAUCCCUUGGCCAUCGCACUACCUCUUGGCAUCUUCGAGGAGGCCAUUGACGCAAGCGUGGGAGGCAUCUUCACCAAAGUCCGAGCGUAUCAAGAAGCCAUGUGGACUGAAUUCAAGAACAUCCUGAUCGAUGCUACCAGAGAAUCACCUACCGGCUAUUUCACGAAAGCUAUGCGUCAAGCCUACGAUGACUGCAGAGCCAUCACCGGUCCCGGCUCCAAGGCCAGAUGGAUCUCCGAGCUUACUUCGCAUCUAGAGAGUCCACCGCCAAACUCGCCAUUCAUUGUCCUUUCUAAGCGAACGCACCUCGAAGUCGGGCAAGCCGCGAGCCAGCACAUCAGCGCCCUGGCGAACCAGAUCGACGGCAUUAUGCAGAACAUCGUUGACCAAACCGAUCUUAUGAUCAGAAGGCCACACUUCACGGACUUCAACUUCUCUGAAAUGGCGGCGAGAGAGAAAGUCCAGAAAUUCUUGCUGCGUGCGAAUCCUCGUUUCGCCGCGAUCAGCAGGGACCUGGCGGCUCUGAAGAAGAAGUAUGACAGUAGAGGAGCGAUUAGCUCUGACGACUGA